AUGGAAGGAAAACGGUUGCCCCAAGAAUCAUCAGGCCAAGGAAGGGAAAUAAAUUUUGUUGAGUUGGGAAAUCACACAAACGUACAGUACAGGCAGGCUCAAGACUCAAGACUCAAAAGAGUGGAGAGACUCCAUCCUCUCACUGCUGCUGUCCAUAAAACGACUACGUGGGGUGGACAUGGCUGCUUAUUCUUCGCUCCUUUCCUCCUUCCACUCUUCCUCUCCACCCUUUUCCUCUCCACUUUCUCGCUCCCCGUCCAGAAAAUUAGUUUCCUUUCCCUCCGAGUCCUACUCUUCCACCCCCCUAUUCUCUCCUUCCUCCACCAGCGACGCCGCAAUUACCUUUUCAUCCCACACAGUAACAAUAGCAGUGGCAUUUACGCCGCCACCAAACCUUCAUGCCUCCCCAAGCUCGCACUUUCCAAACUCCCCUUCUCCUCGGCUCUAGAUUCGCUCCUCGUUCUCUGCGCUUCGCUGGCCUUGUCUUUCUCUCUCUUUCUAGCCGAUGUCGAUUCAGCUUCGGCAUUCGUGGUCAGCACGCCUAGAAAAUUGCAGUCCGAUGAGCUCGCUACGGUUCGUCUUUUCCAGGAGAAUACGCCCUCCGUUGUUUACAUCACCAAUCUCGCUGUCAGGCAGGACGCCUUUACGUUGGACGUGUUGGAGGUGCCGCAGGGCUCGGGGUCAGGCUUCGUGUGGGAUAAAAAUGGUCACAUUGUCACCAAUUAUCAUGUGAUUCGUGGCGCUUCUGAUCUCAAGGUCACUCUCGCUGACCAAACAACUUAUGACGCAAAAGUUGUUGGGUUUGACCAAGAUAAGGAUGUUGCUGUUUUGCGUGUUGAUGCACCUAAAGACAAAUUGAGACCUGUACCUAUUGGGAUCUCUGCGGACCUACUGGUUGGUCAAAAGGUCUAUGCUAUUGGAAACCCUUUUGGACUUGACCAUACUCUUACAACUGGUGUUAUCAGUGGGCUUCGUAGAGAAAUCAGUUCUGCUGCCACCGGCCGACCCAUUCAGGAUGUUAUCCAGACAGAUGCUGCCAUUAAUCCUGGUAAUAGCGGAGGGCCUCUAUUAGAUAGUUCUGGAAACCUUAUUGGGAUAAAUACAGCUAUAUACUCUCCAUCUGGUGCGUCCUCUGGUGUUGGAUUUUCAAUUCCCGUUGACACUGUAGGUGGCAUUGUUGACCAGCUGGUGAGAUUUGGGAAGGUCACGAGACCAAUUUUAGGAAUUAAGUUUGCACCUGAUCAAUCUGUGGAGCAGUUGGGAGUAAGUGGGGUGCUUGUUUUAGAUGCUCCUAUGAAUGGUCCAGCUGGUAAAGCGGGCCUGCAACCAACUAAACGUGAUGCCUAUGGUAGACUCAUUUUGGGUGACAUCAUAACAUCUGUGAAUGGUAAAAAGGUCACCAAUGGCAGUGAUUUGUACAGAAUUCUUGACCAGUGUAAAGUGGGUGAUACGGUGACUGUGGAGGUAUUGCGUGGUGAUCACAAGGAGAAGAUUCCUGUAAUACUUGAACCAAAGCCUGAUGAGUCAUGAUAUACCUAGUCGACUGGCUUGUAUAAUUUUAGGUACAUAUAUAUUGUUUUUGUGCAUUAAUUGUUUCAUGCCAAGGGGUCCUGAUGUACAUAUGUAUUUCAACUGCUGUACGACCUCUGGUAGUAAAGUUUUCAUAUUGCUGAGGGUAAAA